UAAUAACAAUGAUGCAUUAAAACAUUAAAACAAAAAAUUGCUGAAUAAUCCUUUUACUCUUCUCUCUGGAAUACAUUUAUGUAAUACUGAUAAUAAAAUGAUACAAAAUGGAGAAAAAUAAAAAGCGGUUUAUUUAAGUACUAAAACAAACAUAUUUGUAUAAUAAGUGAAAAGUAACAAUGUUGAACAUUGAGCAUACUUCAUUCGUUAUCCUGCAUAUCAUUACACUAUUCAAUGGAAUUUACUUGUGUUGUGCAGCUGAAACAGAAAAUAAUAAAUUAUCCACAUAUCAUGAUCCUUGUCAAUCCAAACCGUGUCAGAACAAUGCUGAUUGUGUAAAUAUUCAUGACUGGAAAGGAAGAAGAACGUCAACAAAUGGAUUGAACACACAGUCAGAUUAUUACUGUGUAUGUUUAAAAGGAUGGACAGGACAAAAUUGUACAGAAGAUAUUGAUGACUGUGUUAAACAACCUUGUUUAAAUGGUGGCACUUGUGAAGAUAGACCUAAUAUGCGAUUUUAUUGCCAUUGUCCAGCAGAUUAUGUUGGUCAGACAUGCGAACAUAGAAACCCGUGUCAAAUAAGUCCUUGUCUAAACGGUGGCUUGUGUCAAUCUGAUCCAUUUGGUCAGUUCUCUUGUAAAUGUCCACGGUGGUAUACAGGAUUACGUUGUGAAAAGGAAAUCAAUCCAUGUUACCCGAAUUCUCCAUGUUUGGGCAAAAAUUCAGUUUGUCAUUUAAUAACAUCCAAGAAUAGAAUAAUUUCUGGCCCACCAUUUUUAAUUCGUAAAUCAGAAUAUAUUACAGAUUUUCAAUGUGACUGUGGCUCUGGUUUUACUGGUCGUUACUGCGAUAUGAAACAGAAUUUAUGUCAGAUAAACAGUUGUCAGAAUGGUGCAACUUGUUUACAGAAUGGAGAAAACUACCGUUGUCUUUGUCCCGUAGGAUUCACUGGAACCUUCUGUAAUAUACGCGUGAAUAAUGCCAAACAUUUAACUUCAAACUCAAGUAUUCGCCUUCCGAAUAUAACAUCAGUGAACGCUGAUACGAAACAAAAGUUCAACUUAUUCAACGAUUACUGUUCUCAUAUUGGAUGUGACAGUGCAAGACCUGGUGAUGGUAUCUGUCAAGCGAAUUGUAUUUAUGCUAAUUGUUUAAAUGCUGAACUUGAAUUAAAAUAUGACUGUCAGUAUUGGAUAAAAUGUUUACAGUUAACUGUACAACCUAUGCGACAGUAUAAUCAAACAACUUGUGUAGAACAAUUUAAAAAUGGUAAAUGUCAACCAGAAUGUAAUCGGAAUGAAUGUUACCUGGAUGGCUUCGAUUGUUUGCAAUCUGUGUCACAUUGUGAACUCUCUGACUCAUGUCUGCAAACAUAUGGUGACGGUGUUUGCCAGAAAUCCUGUAACACAUUUCAAUGUGGAAAUGAUGGAGGAGAUUGUGACAAUGGGUCGAAAGAAGAAGAAAGUCAUAAUUAUGUAAGAAAAUAUGUUCUAUUCUACUUGAACACAAAUCAAUCACAAUUUAUGGAAAAUCGUAAUCAAUUCUUAGGCAAUUUAGGACAAAUUCUUCAAGCGCUUGUAAGAAUUGCUAAAGAUGAGUCUACUGGUGAAGAUUUAGUUGAAGAUAUUCCAAGUAAAUACCAAUUUAAGUUACUUUUGGAAGUCAUUAGUCCGUCAUCACCAUCAAAUUUAGUGUGCAAAGAAACUGACACACACUUGUGUACAAAUCCGAUUGUUCUGCUACUUAAAACAAACGAGUUAAAAGAUUAUAUUUUAGCUGCGUUGACUACAGUCAAGUACAGAUCACUUUUCAGCAUCAAAUACUUCACAUUUGUUGAUUCUCCGAGUCAGUCUCACUUUAAAGCUCCAUGGGAAGAAGAUACUCCACCUAAAACAAGGAUUUCAAAGGAAGCUAUCGGUCUUUAUGUUUGUAUAUGCAUUCUAGCCGGAAUAACUAUUCUACUGGUUCUGUUUCUUGUAUUCCAACGUGACAACAGUUGGCAAAAGCCACUGAAAAGGGUUAGAACAAAUGGCAUCUGGUGUCCACCUAUACCACCGAUCUAUGAGAAGAGUAAUCAAGUUGAAAUGGUUGGAGCCCAAUCAACCAUGUAUUAUACUGGAAUAAACCCAACCGUUUCAGCAGAACCUACACCAUCGUCAAUGUUAAUACCUACAACUCUGAAUACAUCUAAAACUUCAAACAAUGCAUUCAAACAAGCAUUACCAUCGUCCAUAUUGAGAACUUAUUUGAAUCCAUCUGUUGUUGAUGAGAAAGAAAAAUUCCUGCCUCAAAACUGGGGAAAGUAUGAUACUGAAGGAAAUCCUACCGGAGUCAUUGCAGCAAAUGAGAUUCCAAAUACCGAUUUUGAAUGGGUUGACGGUUACUCUUCACCUUGGAAGAAAAAACGUCCUAAUCAGGACGAGAUCGUGGCGGAUUUCCUGUCCGACAAUAGUAUGAAUUUGUUUACUUCUCCAAAGUGUAUGGACAAUUUCUUUACGCAACAAGAUGAAAUUUAUAAUUGUGGAAAACUGGAAGAGAAAUAUCAACAAAGAGAGUGUAACCUGAAACUUGGGGAGAGAUUUGACUCCUCUAUGUUUGUGCCAAAUCAAACAGCCAAGGAUUCUGAAGUCAUUGAUGUAAACAAAAAUGCUACAAAUAUCAUUUGUAACAAUGAAAUAAAACAGGUUGUUCCUGAUAAUCCUGUAAAAAAGGAACUUACUGAAAUCAUCACAUCAAUGGAUGGUUUACAUCCAUGCAAUACUGUACAACACAACCAAAUUGAAAAUCUUUUAACUCUAUACCAUAAACAGAAUAAAUGUGAAGACAAAUUUAUUGGUCCCGAUAAACCUAUAGAAUAUUUAGAUGAAAAUGUAUCAAAACCAGCUAUUCCACAAAGCCAUAAUAUCCUCCACUUGGCAGCUCAUAUGAAUGCUGGACAUGAUGUUAUCUCUAAAAUAUGCCAUAAUGUACAUAAUCAAGAAUCUUUUAACACCUUUUAUAUCGAUUCAUCCGGUAGAACAGCUUUGUGUAGCGCUGCAGCAGCUAAUUCCUUAGAGUCGAUCAAUUCACUUUAUCAUCUUGAGAAAGAAGUACUUGCCAGUAAAAAAUUAGUGAAAUGUCUUAAAUCAAAUCAAACUACAGCAGUGAAAUCAGUUUGUCGUUCAAGAAAACGUUGUCAAACUUAUGAAUCAGGUCAGUGUACACCAAUCAUAGCAGCUAUACAAGCAGGAAAUGAUGAAGUAGUCAGAGUAUUGCUAGACGAAGGUUGUUCAUACAAUACAACUGAUCAAUAUGGACGUAAUGCUGUGCACUGGGCAGCAGUAACUAAUUCCAUCACAGUGCUGAAUCGUUUAGCACAGUGUAAAGGUUUUGCUAGACUGAUGAAUAUGAAAGAUGACUGGGAUAGAACACCGAUCAUGUUGGCUAUACGUGAAGGUUGUGAAGAGGCUGUAGAAUUUCUACUUCACAAACAAGCUAAAAUUGAAGUCGUCGACUGUAUGGAAAAUGACUGUUUAUCAUUGUGUAUGGAAAAAGGUUACGGAAAAAUUCAUGAAUUACUUUUAAACUAUAUCAGAUCAAGAGGUUUAGAUUCAAUGUCGGCAAUAGAUGAUAAGAAUAUAAAGUCAACUGAUGGAAAUCCUGCGUUAAGUAAACAAGAAAGAACGCUAAUGUCAGCAUUAGAAUCAGACCAUACAAGAGCCCCUAUGACCACUACAGAGGUGAACAAUCCAUCGACAGAUUUAACACAGUGUGGCUUAAGCCAGAUAACUGGACUUGACUGGGUAAGUUUAAGUGAUAACACAGAUUCAGAAGAGAUGAGUGAUUGUGAUAGGUUCACUGGAGAUGUGGAUGAAGAGGACGAUGAAAUUAUCCCUAAAGUAGCCAACACAGAUACACAUUCUUCAUCGCAGUCUGGAUAUCUAUGAUGCAUCACUUUUCAACAGAUUACGUGUACUUAUAAGAAUCAGAAGGUUAACAGAGUAAUAGGCAAUGUAACUUGACUUAGAAAUAUUUUGUUUUUACCACACCGGUCUCUGCUGUACAAAGAAUAUAUUUUGAUGUAUUUAUAUUUUUGUUAGAUAAUAAGGGCUUUUUCUACUGUAUAACGCUUUUUGUUUAUUCAAAUUAUCUUUGGAUAUUGUACUUAAACGAUUCUUUUUUGUGUAUAAUAAACUUUUUAACUCAUAAAUAUGAUUUCGUUACUACUUACUAAAAAGUAAAUAGUAG